AUCUCUCUCUCUCUGUCUCUCUCUGCUUUAUGCUCAGACCCUCCGGAUGGAUGCCACCAUUACAUCAUCUGUUCCCACGCAGCCGAUCCCGACGUGAGAGCGCGUCUUUUUUAACCAGCGGGAACCGAACCGGGAGCGCAAUUUCCGCGAUCACACCAAAACAGAGAAAAGGAAAGAAAAAAAAAAGGAGAGAAAAAAUCCACAUACACACAUCAACAACGUCUGCCGGGGUGAUGGCGAUUCAAUGAGAGGGGGAGGAGGAGGAGGAGAGGAGGGGGAGAGGAGGAGAGACGUGCACCGUCAUCAGCAUCUGUCCGCCAGCUCCCUUUGUGUUCACCGGAGAAUGUGAAUGGCGAAAGAUGACAUGGCAGAGGUAGAUCUGGCACCGAGCGGAGCGGAGCCCCCCGGGGAGGCCUCCUCGGCGUUCCCCUACGAGGAGUACGAGUGCAAAAUCUGCUACAAUUACUUCGACCUUGACCGCCGGGCUCCCAAGAUCCUCGAGUGCCUGCACACGUUUUGCGAGGAGUGCCUGAACACGCUUCACCUCCGAGAGGAGCGGCCAUGGCGCAUCAGCUGCCCCGUCUGCCGCCACCGGACCCCGGUGCCGGACUACCGGAUACAGAACCUCCCCAACAACACCAAGGUGACGGAGGACUUCCCCCUCUACAUCGACUCGGACCCGCUGCCGCAGGACGCGCUGCCGCCGUACCCUCCGCCGCUGCACCCGGCGCUCGUCGCGCUCCGCCGGGAGGAGGCGUCCGGCGCGGCGUCCAGCGCCGCCAGCCAGGCCACCCCCUCCACCACCGUGUCCACGGCCACGACCCUCUCCCAGGACUCGGUGCGCUACGACAGCUGUCAGAGCUGCAAGCGGGUGGCGCUGACCACCGGCUGCGUGUGCGUGAUCUUCUCCUUCCUGUCCAUGCUGGUGCUGCUCUUCAUGGGCCUCAUCUUCGUGCACAGCCACAGCAUCCCCCCCUCGCCCGCCGGACCCAUUUGCCUGUCGGUAGCCAGCAUCCUGGCCAUGUUCUCGGUGGUCGUCACGUGGCUCAUCUGCUGGCUCAAAUACAGACCGGACCACGAGACGGGCCGCGCGUCCGCCACCAGUAACUCCCGGAGAAACGCCUGACGCGCGGGCUGCCGCCUCCCACUGACUGCCUCGUCUCUUCUUCUCCUUCUCGUUGUACAUAGUGCUGGCGACUGAUACUCCUGCUCCCUUUACUUUUUUUCUAGGAACAAACCCUGCCCAGAAAUGGCCUUUUUAUGAGUAUAGCAAACACCCGCAGGCCUUCAUGUCGUUUGGAGCAAUAGGCCAACAUGAUCCUUGAUAAUCUUUCUCCUAUAGAAAGUUGUGCACUUGAGUUUUGAAGCAGGCUGGAUGCUCAGCUGGGCUUUCCUCGUGGGGGAACUUAGGAUUCGGGCUCACUGCCGCUUGUCUGAAACUAAGCUGGGUUUGAUGGCUAAAUGUGAAGUGCUUAUUUCCAUGCUCUGACCCCCUCCUCCACCCCAACCCUGCUUACUAAUAUGCAUAUCCCACUAUGCCACUCACUGUAUGAUAACUGUCCAUGAUGACUCACUCAUAUCUCAAAAAAGCACUAUUGUAUUGUACAGAUGUUUGGCAAUGUUCACCUCUUUUUUUUAUUAUUAUUAUUAUUGUUAUUAUUUGCUUUUCUGGAGGCUUGCUGUGUAAUUUAAUGUGGGAAGCUUCUGACAGAAUCCAGACUUGUAAAUAGUUCCCAGGCGAUAUACCAGGUUGAUGUGACCAGUCCUUUGUUCUUCUCCAACACUUUCCUAAACCACGUGCUUUAACUCCUGCCCUCCCGGGAUGGCACUGUUUCUGAUGGCACGCUGGGAAAUUUGCACCAAAAGUGGGGACGAAAAGUUGAGGAGAAAGAGUUUGUGAUUAUUUGUUUAACUUUUGUUUUUUACAUUAUUGUUAUUUUAUUUUUGCAUGAUUGGCUACUGACAGGUCAGGGCUUUCACUUUUUCCUUUAAUGGAAAGGACCGGUGUGUCUCCUGACUCUUGUGCCUCACUUGUUGCUGAAAAAAAAAGCAAAAAUUUCACUGUCGAAAGAGAAGAAAAGAGCCCGUUCCUCCUCCGGUCACAUCGUUUAUACACCUAUAGAGUCUGAAAACAGGGUUUAUAACGUAUAGCACCUUUUUUAAUAUAUACAUAUUUGUUGGACUUUGGAGACAGAGAAAGGGUUGUUUUAACGGUACGGUAUGUAAUAUUUGCAGUCAAAAUGUGUAACACUGUGAGAAGACAACAUUCUUUAUGUUAUCUAAUUGAUCUGUGAGCAGGGAUAUGUAGUACCGCUGUCAACCACAAGAUGGUGUCUAACAGAAAAGGGCAGUGACUGACUGCUGCCAUUUAAAGGACAAAAAUCUUAUAUACUGUACCUUUAAAGCGAGUUCAACCCCAGACUUCACCUUUCUUCUUCCCUCAGAGCCAUAACGACGUGCUUUUGACACAAGGUAGAAAAUGACGCAUUAGGUGUUGCUCUGGUUAAUCUUGGACUCUCACGGGUCGGAAUUACCUAUUUGCAAAUUCAACUUAAGGCCCCAUUUAUAUGACAACGUUUUCAAGCAAAAAACGGAAAACUUUCAACACAUUGAUCAUCUUUUACCACGUGAUCUCAUUACAAAAACAAACAACAGCACCCCUUAGUGGCUCAACAUGAAAACUACAUCUCCUUGUGUUGUUUCCGAGCAAACGCAAAGCUCUUCCGUUUGCACUUGAAAAGUUGUCGUGUGAUCAAGGUCGUAGAAAACAAUGAAUUAAAAAAAAAACAAACCUGCACUAAUGCAAUGCAAAUAUGAAGAUUUUCUGAGCAACAAGCUAAA